CAAAUCACACCGUUUUUUCUGCUUUUCUCACAGUAUAUUUUAAGCUGAGAACUAAAAGUAUGACGUGGAUGCUUUCACACUCAAACACAUCCCUGUGUUUCAACCGGACUGUAAGUUUCACAGGUGAGCUGGAUUAAAGCUGGAACCACAAAGAGAAAAAGAAGAAAUGAGAAUGCUGAGGAGCGUGAGCAGAGGGCUGUGGGAUUAUCGCAGCUUUAUCCUCAUCAUUCUCACACCACUGCUGCUGCUUCCUCUUCCACUGGUCAUCAAGACAAAGGAAGCAGAAUGUGCCUUUGUGUUGCUUCUCAUGGCAGUGUACUGGAUGACCGAGGUGAUACCUUUGUCCAUGACCGCCAUGCUCCCUGCCAUCCUCUUCCCUGCAUUUGGCAUUAUGAAGUCAUCUAGCGUGGCAAAGGAGUACUUCAAAGACUUCCACUUCCUGUUAGUGGGAGUGAUCUGCCUGGCUACAUCCAUUGAGAAGUGGGGUCUGCACCGCAGAGUGGCAUUGAGGCUUGUCUCCAUGGUGGGAGUAAACCCUGCAUGGCUGAUGCUGGGCUUUAUGUCUGGUUGUGCCCUCCUGUCUAUGUGGGUUCAAAACACCUCAGCAGUUGCCAUGGUGAUGCCCAUUGUAGAGGCUGUCCUCCAGCAGAUCCUGAAGGCCAAGGAGUCAGGAUGUGCGGGCAAAGUCAACCCUAACCUGCAGCUGGAUGAAACUGACAUCAGCGCUGAAAAAAUAAAGGAAACUGUAAGUGAUGAGAAGAACCCUGAUGUUCCACAUGAAAACUUCACAUGUGUUGAGAUUCAAUCACAGCCCCAGCCUGAUCCAGCUCAGCCUGCAGCAUGUAUCCCUGCUGCUACCAGCAGGUGUAAACGGGACCUAAUGAUGUGCAAAGCAAUGUGCCUCGGCAUCGCCUAUUCAUCCAACAUUGGUGGCAUCAGCACGCUGCCAGGAACCUCUCCCAAUCUCAUCUUCUCUGAAUAUCUCAAUCAGAUUUACCCAGACUGCAACUGUAUCAACUUUGGGAACUGGCUCCUACUGUGCUUUCCUAUCAGUGUUGUGAUGCUCCUCCUCACAUGGAUAUGGCUGUAUUGGUUGUUCAUUGGCUCAGACUUCACGUUCCUGUGGCGAUGUAAAGGAGAGCAGUCUGAGAAAGAGAAGGCAGCAAGAAAGGUUAUAGAGGAAGAAUACAAGUUAUUGGGAGCUAUGAAGCCUCAGGAGAUCUUCACUAGCGUGGUUUUCAUGCUGAUGGUGUUUUUGUGGUUAACCAGAUCUCCAGGUUUCAUGUCAGGCUGGUCUUCUCUCUUCCCCCAUCACACAGGCUACAUCACAGACGCUACUGUGGCUCUGCUGCUGGGCCUCAUCUUUUUUAUAGUACCUGCUUAUGGACUAAGCAGGAAAUAUGAGGCCAUGAUCUCCUGGGAGGAAUUUCAAGCCUCAAUGCCAUGGAAAGUUGCCCUGCUGGUUGGUGGGGGGUUUGCACUCGCUGAAGGAGCAAAGGAGUCAGGCCUGUCCAUGUGGGUGGCUGAACUACUGGCACCUCUGGGUGAUCUGCCAGUCUUGGCCACUGUCACAGUUGCCUGCAUCAUUGUAACAACAAUGACAGAGGUGACCAGCAACGCUGCUACCAUCACCAUCUUCCUCCCUAUUCUCUCUCCACUGGCUGAGGCCAUCCAUGUCAACCCAUUAUAUGUCCUCAUCCCCACCACACUGUGUACAUCCUUCUCCUUUUUGCUGCCAGUGUCUAAUCCACCCAAUGCUGUUGUUUUUGCCUAUGGACACCUCACCAUCAUGGACAUGGUGAAGGCAGGUCUAGGUGUUAAUGUGAUUGGAGUUCUAGCGGUUAUGCUGGCUGUGGCAACAUGGGGAGUUCCCCUCUUUUCUCUUGACAUGUAUCCUGACUGGGCACCAGUUCUUCCAGGCCAUAAUUCAACAAUGCCUUGAUUAAAGGUCCACCACACUUUUUUGUGCGAGUUGAGCGGCUCCAAGUGAAUGGAAAGGAACUUCUGAAAUUGUCCUCUCCUUUUUUAAGAUUUUUCAUACAGUGCCAUGAAAAAGUAUUUUCUCUGAAUACAGAUUCCUUCUGUUUUUGCUUUUCAAGUGUUUCAGAUCGUCAACCAAAUUCUAAUGAAUAAAAUUCACUAUGCUGGAGCUGGUCAGGUUAAAAACGUUCAGAAACAAAUAAGUUUAAUAAAAAAAAAAAUAUUUAUAUUAUUUCAUUCAAAUACUUUAUAAGAUCCUAAAUUAAAACGUAUGAACUUCCAGUUUAGUUGUUUUCCACUAUAUCUGAAAUAGAAUUACAGAACUGCUGAUUAAAGGACAGAAUGAUGGAGUCUGGAUCAUUGCCAUGAACUAAGGUUUUCUCAAAGCAAAACAAAAAACAGACUGCUGACUGAUCGAUGAUCCAUCUUUUAUACUUUAAGUUGGAAGGAACCAGAUUAACAUUAGAGUAAACCUUGCUCCAAAAUCUGCAGCUGCAUCACCCCUGGCAUCAUAAAUAUGCAAGAAGAAAUCACCAAGAAUUAAAACUUUCUCCCAUUUGAUAAUUGAUGCAAAAAGUCUGCGAAUUCAGGAAGAAAAGGACCGGCUAGACCAUGGGGUCGAUAAAAUUCAGUGCAGUAUACUUUGAUGACCUGACAUUAAAAUGCAGGAAAUGAGCCAUUCUCCAUCAGAUUCCAGAUAUCAUUGUCUUUAAAGACUGCCAGAGGACCUCUAUCAUGGCAUGAUAGGUGUGGUGUGGUUAAAAACAGAGCAGUUCGGAGGAUAUAUUUAAUAAAUUUCAUCAUGUUAAUGUGUUUCAGCAAAAAAAAUAAGUCAAAAUUCUCCCUGAUAAAAGGUUAAUUCAAAGCAAAGGAUUUGUUAGAACUAGAAUAUGCCACACUAAACUGAAUGUGCCUGAGCUUGUUUUGGAUAGAUAACUCAUCAACACCUUCAUAGGUUCAGAGUUCAUUUGUGUCCUUUACAUUAAAUGGGAAAGUAGUUGACAGCAGAAGAGGAUGUUGUGGAACUGUGGCACUAGGAAGACAUAAUGUUGAUGGUUGUGCCAGUGGAAGGCUGUAGAGGGCGCUGGUGUUUGGAGUAGAAACGUGAGCAGACCUGCAAGGUUUGAAAACUGGAGAGUUGGCAGAGUACCAAGGAGCAUGAGGUCCUCUCUCCCUCCUCACUAUGAGACAGUGUUGGUAGAUUUGAAAGGGAAGAGGAAACAAGUUGGGGCAGCGGGUCUGACAGAGCACAGCCUCUUGUAGCAAGUUGCUAUAUGGAUUCUGAUCAGGCUCUAUUCUUCUGACAAUUCUGAGCUCAGCUUAGAGAAACUGCCUUCUGUUUUCUGCUGGUCAUUCGAUUAGCUGUUGAGAAAAAUAGGAUCCAGUGUUAAAAAGCUGCACUUGUGUCUCAUCGGUACACAGAAGCUUUUGCCUAUAAUAUUUUGGGGAUCAUCAGGAUGUUUUUGGUAAAUGUAAGAUGGGGACUUUGUGUUCUUUUGGGUCAGCACUGGUUUUGGCUUUGGAACUUUUCCAUGGGGGCCAUUUUUGUCCAGUUUCUCUUUCUUAUUGUUGAAUCAUAAACUCUGACCCUAACUGAGCCAAGUGAGGCCUGCAGUUUUUUAGAUGUUCUGGGAUCUUUUCUCCCUGACCUCCGGGAUUAGUCUUAAAUUAGCUUAAAUGGUCCCUCCUGGGUAGGUUGGGGAUAAACGUUCUCAGCCAAAGCCUUUUAAAUUACUGUAAUCUCUUUCAGAAUAAUAUAUGUCAAUGACUUUGUUAAACCAAAAACAAAAUGUGGUUCAUCGACCUAAUUUAUAAUUGGAAUUAUUUCAAAUCUUUUCCCCGCAGGAAUGGAAUCAUUUAUAAACCGCUUUGUAUUUGCACAGGUUAAAUUAGUCUGAUAUAACAGGCUUUGGUUGAUCUCAAACAUGUAAGAUGAAAACAAAGCAAAACCAGAACAAAUCUGCAAGAAACAGAUACUUUUACUGAGGACUGUAACUUCAGUCUUCCCCACUAUGAUUAAGAGGAGAUCUGAUAAUAUUCUGUAGGUUAUAAUGUCAGAACAUCUUAUGUGUAGAAAAAAAAGUCUCUAAAACUUUCUUUACCUCUAAUAUUUAAACAAUUUUUAUCCGAAGUUUAAAAUGUGUCAUCUAAGAACUAUAGCAAACAUUAAGACUCAGUCCCACUUAUUCUGUUCUAGAGGUUUACAUUUUCAAAGGACUCCGGAGCCAGGCAGGUUUAAGAGGACAUAAAAUGUCCUUUUUUCACAAGUUGUUCUUCAUUAUUGUUAAAACACAUUUGACUGAGUUUUUAUUCUGAAGUUAUCACAGUUCUCCAGGCAUGGACAACAGAUUUCCAUCACAAUCUUGUGUUUCAGAUGAUGAAUUGGCAGACGUUAGUAAAAUGCUGCCCUUUAACUUUACAGCCAUUCACGGCCAAUGAUGUUGUAAUCCCUCUGUCAAAUACCAGCUCCUUAAACCCUGGGCAUCAGUGUUGGUCCAUUUCUCUGUGUUUUGUGUCAUUUCUUACAGGCUAUUAUUAGAAACUGGAUGCGGAUAUUUGCUAAGUUUAAGCAAAGGUUUUUGUUGCCAUUUGUUCUGGUUACCUCUGCUCGUGCUGUAAUGUUGCUAGCUGUGAUAAAUUCUGGCAAAGGAUUAUUAGCUGAUUUCUGUCUAAAGCUACAUGAAAUGAAAUGCUAGAUAAAAGUAUUCAUAUCUCUUUAAUUUUUUCACAUCUCCUUCAGUGUAAUCUCAUGUAUUUUAUUAACGUUUAUGUGACAGAUCAUCACAAAAUAGUGAAUAAUUCUGAAGUGGAAGGAGAAUAAGAGAUGCGAUUGAAACAUUUAAAAAUACAAAAAUUGAAAGGAUGUGCUGUUCAUUAGUAUGACUUCUGAAGGCAGCUAGAUUUUAUUUAGGGGCAUUAAAGUAAAGUGGCUGUACACAAAUAUAUGCAACACAUUUCAGAUAUUUGAAAAAAAAAAAAAAACAUUUUCCUUCAACGUCCCAGUUGUGCACUACUUUGUGUUAUUUUAUCACAUAAACUCCUAAUAAAAUACAUUGAAGUUUGGACUUGUAACAUGAUUAUAUGAGUGAAAGUUCAAGGGAUGUAAAUAUUUUUCCAAGCUGUGUAUAUUUGCCUUUAGAAGCCGAGCAAGAGGUAACGAUGAAAGACUUAUGCAUCUGAUAAUUUUAAAUGGUAAACUUUUUCAUCUAAAUUUUUUCUUUGUGCUCAAGUUCAAGAAGGCAAUGGUUUGUGGAGGCAAUGCACAUAAAUAUCAGUAACAGGUAAAACCAUCCUCAUUUGCAUGCACGAUGCAACCAAACUUACACUAAAACCCAUUGAGUCAAUGUUUUUAGUUUGUUUUGGUGCCACCAAGUGGUCAAAUGAUGAGAAGUAAGGUUUUAAUAUGAGGACUGGAAGAGAAAAAGACAAAUUUUGAGCCAUUAUUCUGUUGUUUGAAGCAUGUCUUAACUAGUUCACAUCAUUUUGUUUAUUUGAUAGACUUGGUGUUUGUUUAUAGUUUUGUAUUAGUAAUGUAAAAUGUGCACUUUGUGUUCUUUAAUAAAAGAUAACAAGUGUACAUAA